AGGCUUUGAAUCUAGGCGAGUGGCCAGACAGAGAAUAUUAAAAAUGAGCAACGGAAGAUGAAACGCUUUCGUAAGGCACGGACCUGAUGAAACUGCUGUUAGAGCCAACAGUAUCUCAGUGGCCAUGAGAAACAGUUGAGUGAUGUGCUAUUGAAGAUUGCUUGGCUCAAUGAAGCAUCUGACACCCCUCAUUCUUCUUGCCUGUGGCUCCUUUAAUCCCAUAACAAAUAUGCACAUGCGUUUAUUUGAACUAGCAAGAGAUCACCUGCAUCAAACAGGAAAGUACCAUGUGAUAGAAGGUAUAAUUUCACCAGUUAGUGACAACUAUGGGAAGCUAGGAUUGAUAGCAGCAAAGCAUCGGAUAGCAAUGGUUCGGCUUGCGGUUGAGACAUCCGACUGGAUCAGAGUGGAUCCUUGGGAGAGUGAGCAAAGUCAAUGGACAGAGACUCUCCUAGUACUAAGACACCAUUACAAAGAGCUACUUAAAUCACAGGAUAUCAGAAAACUGCCUGGAGAAAACACUUGGCCCAAAGAAGCAGCAGCUGAGUCAUCAGUUGGUUCGCCAAUUACAGUUGUUCCAGAGCUAAAACUUCUCUGUGGAGCUGAUGUUUUGAAGACUUUUCAAACACCUAACCUCUGGAAAAAAGAACAUAUUACAGAAAUAGUAGAAAGGUUUGGACUAGUCUGUAUUAGUCGUGCUGGCCAUGAUCCUUCCCAGUACAUCGCUAACUCGGAGCUUUUAAAUACAUGCCAGCAUAAUAUCCACUUAGUAAAAGAGUGGGUUCAGAAUGAAAUCAGUUCUACGAGCAUAAGGCAUGCCUUGCGCAAAGGACGAAGUGUGAAAUACUUGGUUCCAGACUCUGUUAUUUCUUACAUUAAGCAACACAAUAUAUAUACAGAAAGCAGUGAAUGAAAUAAAGGGAUUUGCUGCAGCCCUUUAAACUGUUGGUGCUGUGCUUCGCCCCCAGCAAUCACUGGUUCACUUUCUGUUAACUUCUUCAAAGAGACCAAGAGAGAAAGAGUAUGUGUAUGGUCUAUUGGAUGUCAUCAUUUGGAAGAAAUUCACUAAAUGGAAAAUUUGCAUAUAACAAUGUAAGCAUUUCUAGAGGUUUGAUUUAAAACUGAAUUUGCCCACUUUCUGCAGUGUUGAAAACUAUUUUACAUACACAGUCAAAAUUCAUGACAAAUGCUGUUCUUGUGUUGAAGUGAAUGAAUAAAGCCAUUUUAACUUC